AGAGAGCGGGGAGAGAGGGAGGCUGCAAUCUCCUCCCUGAAUCGCGCACAGCGCUGCAGAUCCCAGUGCUCUGACAUGCGGGCCGAAUGCAGGUGAGGAAAGGCACAGACUCUGCGGCUGCGAACCCAAACUUGGGCACCGCGCGGUGCGCACUGCUCAGCCUUCACCCCCGCGGGCGAAAGGCUGCUGCGGUUUCAGGCGGCGGCUUCGUGACUAAUGACCUUGCGCAGAGUUGUUAAGAAGAAAAAGAGAAACCCGAGCUCUCUGGGGUGAGAAGGGACUGACUAUCUGGGCGUCCCUGAAGAUGGCUCUGGCUGCUCUUCCGCGCGCGGGGGGAACCCUGAAGCGGACCGCUGUGUGACUCGUGUCGUCUCCACUGCACGGUGCCCGAAGCGACCUGCCGGGAUUUUUCAUUCUCGAUCUGUUGACUGGCUCCGCCGCUGCCUGAGCGGAGUCGGAGUUGAGACUGGCUUGUUGCUAGCCCUAGCACCUCGUGCAGGAAGCGACUCACGUUUGCCGGGGCAGCCGGAGCAGAAGCUGGGUCUGGAGUGAGUGGCUGGAACGUGAAUUGGACGCAACUCGAGUAGCAGCAAAGACGAGCGGGGUUGGCAGGCGGGGAGGCUGCAGGCUCGCUCCCCGCUGCUUCCCGGCUCCACCGCCGGCCUGACAGACCGGUUCCGGCCCCAUCCGACAGAGCGGGGACGGGAGCCCGGGAUCCUCUGCGCGUUGCGGUGAUGACUCUGUGGGGGCGGGGGGCGGGCUCCGAGUCCGCGGCGCUCAGUGUCCCGUGAACUGUGAGUACUGCGACUGAACGGCGGCUGGCGAGCGGGCGAUUAGCACCCAUUGCAUGAAUUAUGAAACAAUAACUUUAGGAGGAAGCAGGAGGAAAAAAAAGAAGGAUCUUUCGCUGGUCCCCCCUGGCCGACUCUGGACGUUGCUCUUGCCCCCUCCCUUUUCUCCCUCUCGCUUCUUCCCCUUCACAGAGAGGGGAGAGGACUGGGAGGAGGGCAGGCGACCGGCCCCGGAGCAGGGGGGCGCCUAGGGGGCCGUGAUUAGAAGGAGCAGUAGCAGCAGCAGCAGGAGAAGAUGCUGAGGAUGCGGACCAUGGGGUGGGCGCGCGCCUGGUGCCUGGGCUGCUGUCUCCUCUUGCCGCUCUCGGUAAGCCUGGCGGCCGCCAAGCAACUCCUCCGGUACCGACUGGCCGAGGAGGGCCCAGCAGACGUCCGCAUCGGCAACGUCGCUUCGGACUUGGGCAUCGUGACCGGCUCCGGUGAGGUGACUUUCAGCCUCGAGUCGGGCUCGGAGUACCUGAAGAUCGACAACCUCACCGGCGAGCUGAGUACCAGCGAGCGGCGCAUCGACCGCGAGAAGCUACCCCAGUGUCAGAUGAUCUUCGACGAAAACGAGUGCUUCCUGGACUUCGAGGUAUCGGUGAUCGGGCCCUCGCAGAGCUGGGUGGACCUGUUCGAGGGUCGGGUCAUCGUGCUCGACAUCAACGACAACACGCCCACCUUCCCGUCGCCCGUGCUCACGCUCACGGUGGAGGAGAACCGGCCAGUGGGCACUCUCUACCUGCUGCCCACUGCCACCGACCGUGAUUUCGGCCGCAACGGCAUCGAACGCUACGAGCUGCUUCAGGAACCCGGGGGCGGCAGCAGCGGCGGCGAGGGACGGCGCGCCGGGCCUGCAGACAGCGCCCCCUACCCCGGGGGCGGCGGGAACGGCGCGAGCGGCGGCGGCCCGGGUGGUUCCAAGAGGCGGCUGGACGCACCAGAGGGCGGCGGCGGGACCAGCACCGGCGGCCGCAGCAGCGUGUUCGAACUGCAGGUGGCUGACACCCCGGAUGGCGAAAAGCAGCCGCAGCUGAUCGUGAAGGGGGCGCUGGACCGCGAACAGCGAGACUCCUACGAGUUGACCCUGCGUGUACGCGACGGUGGCGACCCGCCUCGCUCCUCCCAGGCCAUCCUGCGGGUACUUAUCACAGACGUGAACGACAACAGUCCCCGCUUCGAGAAGAGCGUGUACGAGGCUGACCUGGCGGAGAACAGCGCCCCGGGGACCCCCAUCCUGCAGCUGCGUGCCGCCGACCUGGACGUGGGGGUCAACGGGCAGAUCGAGUACGUGUUCGGGGCGGCUACCGAGUCCGUGCGGCGCCUGCUGCGCCUCGACGAGACGUCCGGCUGGCUCAGUGUCCUGCACCGUAUCGACCGCGAGGAAGUGAACCAGCUGCGCUUCACCGUCAUGGCCCGCGAUCGCGGGCAGCCCCCCAAGACCGACAAGGCCACGGUGGUCCUUAAUAUCAAGGACGAGAACGACAAUGUGCCGUCCAUUGAAAUCCGCAAGAUCGGGCGUAUCCCACUAAAGGACGGGGUGGCCAACGUGGCCGAGGACGUUCUGGUCGACACUCCCAUCGCCCUGGUACAGGUGUCUGACCGAGACCAAGGCGAGAACGGAGUGGUCACCUGCACCGUGGUGGGCGAUGUGCCCUUCCAACUCAAGCCGGCCAGUGACACAGAGGGCGACCAGAACAAGAAAAAGUACUUCCUGCACACCUCGGCCCCUUUGGACUAUGAGACCACCCGGGAGUUCAACGUGGUCAUAGUGGCGGUGGACUCGGGCAGUCCCAGCCUCUCCAGCAACAACUCCCUGAUUGUCAAGGUGGGAGACACCAAUGACAACCCGCCCGUCUUCGGUCAGUCGGUGGUGGAGGUAUAUUUUCCCGAGAACAACAUCCCUGGCGAGAGGGUAGCCACGGUGCUGGCGACAGACGCAGACAGCGGGAAAAACGCUGAAAUCGCCUACUCGCUGGACUCUUCCGUGAUGGGGAUCUUUGCCAUCGACCCAGAUUCUGGGGACGUCCUCGUCAAUACGGUGCUGGACCGCGAGCAGACUGACAGGUAUGAGUUUAAAGUUAACGCCAAAGACAAAGGCAUCCCGGUGCUACAGGGCAGCACCACAGUGAUUGUGCAGGUGGCUGACAAGAAUGACAAUGACCCUAAGUUUAUGCAGGACGUCUUUACCUUUUAUGUGAAAGAAAACUUGCAGCCCAACAGUCCCGUGGGAAUGGUCACAGUGAUGGAUGCUGACAAGGGGCGCAAUGCGGAGAUGAGUCUGUACAUAGAGGAGAACAGUAACAUUUUUUCCAUUGAAAAUGACACGGGGACCAUUUACUCCACAAUGUCUUUUGACCGGGAACAUCAGACCACAUACACAUUCAGAGUCAAGGCUGUGGAUGGGGGAGAUCCUCCCAGAUCCGCAACAGCUACAGUCUCUCUCUUUGUGAUGGAUGAGAAUGACAAUGCCCCCACAGUUACCCUUCCCAGAAACGUUUCCUACACUUUACUGCCACCUUCAAGUAAUGUCAGGACAGUAGUAGCUACGGUGUUGGCAACAGACAGCGAUGAUGGCAUCAAUGCAGACCUUAACUACAGCAUUGUGGGAGGGAAUCCCUUCAAGCUGUUUGAGAUUGAUUCCACCAGUGGUGUGGUUUCCUUAGUGGGAAAACUCACCCAAAAGCAUUAUGGCUUGCACAGAUUGGUGGUGCAAGUGAAUGAUAGUGGCCAGCCUUCCCAGUCUACCACGACUCUGGUGCAUGUGUUUGUCAAUGAAAGUGUUUCUAAUGCAACUGUGAUUGACUCCCAGAUAGCCAGAAGUUUGCACACCCCACUCACCCAGGAUAUAGCCGGUGACCCAAGCUAUGAAAUAAGCAAACAGAGACUCAGUAUUGUCAUUGGGGUUGUUGCUGGAAUUAUGACGGUGAUUCUAAUCAUCUUAAUUGUAGUGAUGGCAAGAUAUUGCCGGUCCAAAAAUAAAAAUGGCUAUGAAGCCGGCAAAAAAGAUCACGAAGACUUUUUUACACCGCAACAGCAUGACAAAUCUAAAAAGCCUAAAAAGGACAAGAGAAACAAAAAAUCUAAGCAGCCUCUCUACAGCAGCAUUGUCACUGUAGAAGCUUCUAAACCAAAUGGACAGAGGUAUGAUAGUGUCAAUGAGAAGCUGUCAGACAGCCCAAGCAUGGGCCGAUACCGAUCAGUUAACGGUGGGCCUGGCAGUCCUGACCUGGCCAGGCAUUACAAAUCUAGUUCCCCAUUGCCUACUGUCCAGCUUCACCCCCAAUCACCAACUGCAGGAAAAAAACACCAGGCCGUACAAGAUCUACCACCAGCUAACACAUUUGUGGGAGCAGGAGACAACAUUUCAAUUGGAUCAGAUCACUGCUCUGAGUACAGCUGUCAAACCAAUAACAAGUACAGCAAACAGCCAUUUCGUAGAGUGACGUUUUCUGUUGUGAGUCAGCCCCAGGACCCACAUCAGGGGUCACUGCAGAGUUGCUAUGACAGCGGGCUGGAGGAGUCAGAAACACCAAGCAGUAAGAGUUCAUCAGGGCCAAGGCUGGGUGCCCUUCCACUCCCAGAGGACAACUAUGAAAGGACCACGCCGGAUGGCAGUGUUGGUGAGGCAGAGCAUAUGGAAAAUGAUUCAAGACCUCUUCCAGAUGUAGCCCUAACUGGGAAGUGUACCCGUGAGUGUGAUGAGUAUGGCCACUCAGACUCCUGCUGGAUGCCCGUCCGCACUUCUCCGGAGAGGAAGAAGAGCCAGCCCAAACUAUCUACUUUCAUGCCUGUUGAUGAACGAGGAAGCCAGGAAAAGCUGGCCAAUGGCGAAGCCGCCAUCAUGGGCGACCGCAACAGAAACCUCCUGAACAAAAAGUUGACCUCAUCCUAUGAGACCUUCAGUGCAGCUAGUUUCAGCAAAAAUGAGGAAGCCAACACUGAGGAUAUUCCCCUUACAAAAACGGGGGAAUACAAGCCAUCUCCUGUCAAUACUCUCACUAGAAGAGAAGUUUACCUGUAGGCUAUAAAGAAGCAACAGCAAAGUUUUUUCAUGUAUGAGAAGGAGGAUAAGGGGUGAAAAACCUUACAAAACAAAACCUUGUAAUCAAAAAGAGGGGGCUACCAAAGAGACAAAGCUUUGCCUGCCACUUCUGCCUCCAGAUCGGGCCUUUAGUGAAUGAUACUGUUUAGCCUGAUGGUAAUAUACAAUGUAGAAACCAUCCUUGUUACUUGCAUGUCUAACCCCCUCACUGAUUCCCAACACUGGCUCUCUCUCUUCCCCACCCCCCUCCAGAAAACAAACAAACAAACAAACAAAAAAAAAAGAUGGUUGCAAGUUUCCUUCAUGGUAACAAGCCUGAUUAGCAGAACACAGCACACUCUCAUUAUCCCUAAGCUGAAGUAUGAUUUUAGUCACUUUGAUUUAGUUCGAAUGUCAUCUGGUUGGUCAAAAGAAAGCAGAUCAGGUGAAAUAUAUUUCAGACGUGUGAUCAGAAAUGAUUAAUCACCGUGGAAGGCAAUCCCUCAAAAAUGAUAAGAGUCCUUCUAAAGGUAUAGUCCUUACAGAGGGGAACUCCAGAAGCAGCAUUUGGGGGAGGAUCACAGCUUUAAUAUUGUAACAAAGGCUGAAAACUAAACAAUACCUGGUUGGAGAUUGCAGUCCCAAAUUGGCAUAUGUUGUUUUUCUCAAGUCAGAAGCAUCAAUUUCAAUCCCAUACCUGUAUUGAAUAUUCUUAGUAUAUACAUAAUCUUGACCACAUGUAUCAAUUACACUAGUUAUAAGUUGUAAAAAAUUAUAUAUAUAUUUUUCAGAACAGCACCACUAUUAUCAACUAACUGGAACAAUUAUGUCAUUAACAGGCCGAAGAUCAUGCGACAGAUCAGGGAAAUCAUGAAGUAGAUUUGGUCUUGAUGUGGAAAUCCAUUAAGUAACAAAAGUCACUGAACCCAGGCAUGCACAGAAGCCCUCAAACACCAGUUUAUUUUACAUUUUCUCUAUACCCAGAAAGCGUGCAUUUUCUUUUAAAAUGGAUUUUAUUUGAAAGCUCAGAAAAUGAAAAGUCAAUGAGACAUAUUUUUGGUAUUAAAAUAGACAAUUAGUUGAGGUUAAAGUUUAGUUUCAAAAAUAUUAUCAGGGAAGAUUUUACUUUUUAAAAUCAUAUUUGUGGGUAGGUAGGGAAAGAAAGAUACAACAGCAUAUAGUCUUUAAGUUCACUAUAAUCAUUGUACAGUCAGGUUAUGCUUGCUGGUCUUAUCCACAUUUCAAAUGACCAAGUGCAAUUUUUACGUGUUCAGUGCACUCUUCCAUGUUAACAAAAGUGCAUUAAUUUUCAAUCCUGUGCAAUGUGGCACAUUUUGAGACUCAUAACUUUGAAACAAGGUGACACCCUAAAAGACUUACUCAUUAAUGUGAUUUGAAUGUUAUUUAACAUAAUCUCCUAAAACCAAGCCAGAGUAAACAAGAAAGAAAUGAGUUCUGGGCAGUGACAUGUCUCAUGGUAUACACAUCUCAAAGUUAGAAAAUAUGCAGUUUUUUUCAGUGUAAUAUAAAGAAACAGAAUAUGCAGGUUUUGAGUCACUUCCUCUACAGAGGAUAAUUUAAUACAAUUGGAAAUUGAGCUGAGACAUUCAGAAAAAGUAACAAUCCAGGGACAGACUAGGUAGUGAAAUGUAGAAAAUAUGUAGCUCUGGAUAGUUUCAUGCUUUGCAAUAUUUCUCAGACUACAACAUGAAGCAGCCUGGAAUAUAGGUUGUUAAUUCACUAUAGGUCAUCAAAUGCUUAUCUUUGAAAACCACUUCUCUGUUUGGUGGGGUACUCUUUGAAAACCACUCCUCUGUUUGGUGGGGUACCCCCACUCUUUGGUGGGGUCAUUUCCUUAUGCUCUUUCUUAAAUGGAGUUUUCAUCUUGAUGUUAGUUUAUGUGUAAUAGUUAGGAUGAAAGAAGAUAUGUAAUUGAAGAAACAAAAACAUUGGACUAAAAUAUCAAUAAUUGAACAUGUUUAUGUUUGAUUAUUAUUUACAUUAUGGAAAGAUACAAUUCUAGUACUUUGUUAGGAAACUGCAUUAAAGCAGUUCUGCCUUGUAUAAUCUGUAAGUACCUAUUAAGACAAAAUACUUCUAAAGAUACUUAUGAAAUGUAUACAUAUUUUUUCUUGCACGUUACAAAGGAAAUAUUCAAUUGCAUAACACAUGUGUGCAGCAAACUUUUUAAUGCAUUUUUUUCUUUCUUUCAUGAGACACUUGAAACAUUAGAUAGCUCAUUUCACUCUAUCUUAAAACCCUUCUGUUGUCUAUAAAGCUAAUACGGGUCAUAUGGGCUCUUUGGAUUAAUUGGAUCCACAUUCCCCAAUGACGUCUGCACAACAUUCAAGACAGCCAUGUCAUUGUCAUUUAACUUGUGAGCCUCUUUAGAACUAAAAUGGGUAUGAAAGAAUAAAAUUCAGUGUACUGUAAGUAUUUGCAGUAAUUCUAGUAGAAUUAGCUAUCAUAACAUGUUUAUUAUUAUAAUGAGUUGGCAUGACACAGAAAUAUAUUUUGUGUUUGUAUGAUUUUUAUUUUGAAUAGGUUAAAUUUGGUGCCACUCCAUAUAUAGAGUGCUUUUGAAAAAAAUCAAUAAAAAGAAACAAAAAAAUAAUAAAUGAGUGAAUGCAAAAUAAGCAACUGUGCCUUUUAUACCUGUUGUUAUGGUAAAAAAACGGUUGUUGGGUUUGGACAAUGAGGGGAAAUGGGCUAUUCUCACCUUUUUUGACCUUGUAUAUUUAUCCAUGUUUAUUUUCUGAAAAUAAUAAAUAAUAUAUUAAAAAUUUGCCUUCUGACAAACUCAGAUAGUGGAACAGUCUUAAAUAUCAUUCAUUCAUAAAACAAAAUUUAUAUGGGCUGCUUAAUUCUGUCUAGAAGGCUAAAACAUUUAUUGUAAUAGUAACACAGAGAUUAUCAGGGGUGAAGUCAGUCCAUUUUGCAAGGUAAAAUAUUGAUUUACAAUUUGUAUUCUUUCUUUUUUUGUUGUUAUUUUUCUUUUAACUGCUGUUUCACUUUGGUUGUACAGUAUAUAAACCAUAUUUGUUUUCUGUACACAAGAAGCUCAAGUGAAUUUUGCAUGCAUUAUACAUUAGGACACAUUUAUAAAUUGAGUAACUAUAUAAAUUUAUGUGUAUUACAACGUCUGUAGCUUCAGUCUAAAAUUUAAUGCUCAUUUGGAACCUCCAGAUAUCAUUAUGGUUUCUGACUGGCCUGCUGCCUGAGUUUCAGAAAACAAGGGAGGCAUUAUAUUUAUGGGAAGAAAACUAAGAUGGUAAUGAAGAUGUCUGGCUGAAAGGCUACCCUAGGAAACUGUCUUAUAGGAAAAUAAAACACAGAGACCAGAAGAAACUGCCAAGAAUCAAAGAAUCAAACAGCUAUCCUAAAACAGGCAUGAGAAAUCUGAAGAUCUCAGUAGUUUUAGGUAUAUUGUAUCAGUAAUAAAUAUACAAUGUGUCCUUAAGGAAAAAAAAAAAAAAGAGUGAA